AUGGAACUUACUACACACAUACUAGUAGAUGCAUUGAACAAACAAACUUCAAACUAAAGAAAAAUGUCCCAACCUCAAGUGGUACCUCUCGAUACAGCCGAUUCGGCCUCGAUACUAUCCAGCCCGAUACUGCUGACGCUCCUCGGGAUAAUCUCGCUGCUCACCAUAUACCACUACUGGUUCAAAAACCAAAGGUAUGUGAAAUUGGGGAACCAAAUGCCCGGCCCUCCGGCCGUUCCGAUCAUCGGCAACGCUCACUGGGCCCUCGGCCUAUCAGCUGCAGGCGUCUUCGAACUAUCGAUCAAAACGCACCGGGAACUCAAAUGCGACGUGGCCAGAGUGUGGCUGGGUCCCAGACUCAUCGUGGGAAUAAUGAAUGCAGAAGACGCCGAAAUCAUCUUGAACAGUAACGUGCACUUGGAGAAAUCCUCCGACUACAGCCUCUUCAAGCCUUGGCUGGGCGACGGGCUUCUAAUCAGCAAAGGCGAGAAAUGGCGGUCGCACAGGAAGAUGAUAGCGCCCACGUUCCACUCGAGCAUCCUGAAAUCCUUCAUGCCGGUGUUCAACAAGCAGGCGAGGAAUUUGGUGGCGCAGUUCCGCAAGGAGCAGUCCAACGAGUUCGAUUGCCACGACUACAUGAGCAGCGCCACCGUCGACACGCUGCUGGAGACUGCGAUGGGGGUCAGCAAGACCAGCGACGAGAACACCGGGUUCGAAUACGCCAUGGCGGUGAUGCGCAUGUGCAACAUCCUCCAUUUGAGGACCGUCAAGCUUUGGUUGAGACCCGACGUGCUGUUCAACCUGACGAAGUUCAGUACGCUGCAGGUGUCGCUGUUGAACAUCAUCCACGAUUUGACCAAGAGGGUCAUCAAGAAGAAGAAGGAAAAUUACUUCGAGCGCGUGGUGAGAGGAGAAACUAGUUUGUACACGGAGGCGGUUAAGACAACAUUCGACGAGACAAAGGGGCACAUCGUGGAAAAUGCCAGCAUCAUGUCCAAUUACGCCAAAGACGAUUUGGACGAGAACGAUAACGAUGUCGGCGAGAAAAAACGUCUGGCGUUCCUCGACUUCUUGGUGGAGGCGAGCCAAACUAAAGGAAACGUCCUCAGCGAUGAAGAAGUCAGCGAGGAAGUUAACACAAUCAUGUUCGAGGGCCACGACACCACAGCCGCAGCUUCCAGCUUCACCCUUUGCUUGCUGGGCAUCCACAAAGACAUCCAGAAGAAGGUCUACGACGAACUCAAAGAAAUAUUCCAGGACAACAUGGACAGACCCAUCACAUUCAACGACACCUUGCAGAUGAAGUACCUCGAAAGAGUUAUUCUAGAAACGUUGAGGAUGUACCCGCCGGUGCCUAUCAUUGCUAGAAAAGUUAACGAAGAUGUUAAAUUAGUGUCUGGAAAUUACACGAUUCCCAAAGGCACUACUGUAGUUGUGGCGCAGUAUUUGAUCCAUCGCAACGAGAAAUACUACAAAAAUCCGAUGGUGUUCGAUCCGGAUAAUUUCCUGCCGGAAAAGUGCCAGGAGAGAUCCUUCUACGCGUAUGUACCCUUCAGCGCGGGCCCGCGAAGUUGCGUUGGAAGGAAAUACGCCAUGCUGAAGUUGAAAGUCCUGCUCGCAGGCGUGCUGAGGAAAUUCGAGGUAAUAUCUUUGGACAAGGAAAAGGAUUUCAAGCUACAAGCUGACAUCAUACUGAAGAGGGAAGAAGGAUUCAAAAUUAAAGUGGUCGAAAGGGUCAAGUAAUUCGCUAUUUUUAUUCAUCGUUCUCCAUUAGUAAUAAGCACAUAAUUUAACUUGUAAUACAUUAAUUAAACAUGAAGUAAAGGGUUACCUGAUUGUAAAAAUUUUAUGAUAAUAAAUUUAUUUAUGUUA